CCGGGGGAGGAGAGCCCCCUCCGCCCACCCCCCAGCGGGACGGGCGAGGCCCCGGGGCGUGCUCGGCGGGGAGGGGGGGCCGCCGCCUUCUGGGGGAGGAGACCUUCCAGGCCCUCUGCGGCCCCAGGAGAAUCUCCCAGGAACCUUGGGAAAGGACUUGCCUGCAGUUUGGCUCGUCUUCCUCGCUGUUCGGAAGCUGCUUCGCUCCUCCGAGAGCCAGGAAAGAAGAGGUUUGGAAGUGGGGCUUCCCAACUCGUGCAUCCAUUCGUUCCUGCUCUAGACCGUGCACAUGCCAGGCCCUGGGGCUCCAGCUGAAGAGGCUUGAACUGACAGGCAUGAGGUUCCGGUUCUGUGGUGAUCUGGACUGCCCCGACUGGGUCCUGGCAGAGAUCAGCACGCUGGCCAAGAUUUCCUCCGUGAAGCUGAGGUUGCUGUGUAGCCAGGUGCUGAAGGAGCUUCUGGGACGGGGGACUGACUACGAGAAGAUCCUGAAGCUCACGGCCGACGCCAGGUUUGAGUCGGGCGAUGUGAAGGCCACUGUGGCAGUGCUGAGUUUCAUCCUCUCCAGCGCGGCCAAACAUAGCGUGGACGGCGAGUCCCUGUCCAGUGAACUGCAGCAGCUGGGACUGCCCAAAGAGCACGCAGCCGGCCUGUGUCGCUGUUAUGAGGAGAAGCAGAGCCCCCUGCAGGAGCACCUGCGGGCCUGCAGCCUUCGGGUGAGCAGGCUGGCGGGCGCGGGCUGGCGUGUGGACUACACCCUGAGCUCUAGCCUGCUUCGGUCCGUGGAGGAGCCUGUGCUACACCUGCGGCUGGAGGCGGCAGCUGUGGCGGGUGCCCCGGCCCAGCCGAUUGACAUGUCCCUGUCGGCAGACAAGUUCCAGGCCCUCCUGGCAGAGCUGAAGCAGGCCCAGGCCCUGAUGAGCUCCCUGGGCUGAGAGGAACGCUGGGCUGGGUGGGGCCGCCCGCCUGCAUCGGGCCAGGGCCCUCCGGACAUCUCUAACGGCGGGGGGGCCCCAGCUCCAGGACCCUGGGGCCUGGCCUCUCACAUCUCUGGCUUCCUAGGUUCCCACUUUGAAAAUUGAGCAUGGGGAUUCCGAGGACCUUUUCCAGUAUUGCCUUCCCUUCCCCAUGAAACGUACUUGUCAAUGGUUUCACAAGCAGGAGGAAUAAACAAGUGUAAAGGAG